GGCAUGAGCCUCCAGCUCUGGGGAGGAACAUGGCCUGGACUUUAGAGGCCUUGUUCUCCGAGGCCCCUCUGGCCUGUACAAGAUUUUUUUCUGCCCAAAAGAAAUAGAUCACUCUGCUUUGUGCUUCACUUACAGGGAGUGGAGCUGGCUCACUCUACACGCUGCUUCUCACCUUAGCAUAUCAGUGGAAAAGCCCUGGUUCUGGGCAUAGGCAUGGCUGUGGACAUGGGCAUGAGCUUUAUGGGGCUGCCAUUAGUUGGCCAGAAACCCUGCCCUAAGAGUGGACAGAUUGAGGCCAUGGUAAUGACCUGGUCAUUGUGCCCUCACUACCUGCCAGGUGUGGGCCCUCGUCUCCUAUCCUGCCAGCAUUUGCUCUGUAAGGACUGCUUCCAGGGCUUGAUACAGGAGCUAGGGCAGAUUGCCAAGGCUCAUGAGACUGUUGCAGAUGGUAAAUACAAAGGACCACAAGUUCACCUCCCACUACAUAACAGGUCUCUUCCUGUUUCAUAGGAACUGAAUUUCAGGUGUAGAAAGAAUCAGAAUUUAAAUGCCCAAGGGACACUCAUUGCUGAAAGCAAUCUUUGGGGGAAUCUGUGAGACAGAGCGAAUCCUCUUGAUGCCUAAUAUAUCUGUUUUGUAAGCUGGAACUUUUCAUGUUUGGGAUUUCCUUAAAUUGGUGGCAGACUAAGAAGCCUGGGAAGGUUUUGAUUCAAAGUUUGGCUGCCUUCCCAGAUGGAGAGGAGGUGUUCUGACUCACUAAAACUCCAAGGCAGAGAGAGAAUGACUGGCCUCCUAGAAUUAGUCAGGAACAGAUUUUGAAUAGAAUCACACUGACUAGUGAACUAUUCAGUAUUUAAGCUGCUGCCCAGCAGGGAGGAGCCUGUGUCUUGCUCCAGAAUGUCACGUUUCCUAGGAAACAGUCUCAUUGGGAACUGUGCAGUCACUGGAGAUGGGAACCGCGUGCCUUCAUUUUACUAUUCUAACACAGGACAUGUCACAGAGGCACAAGCUCAUCUCCUGUCCUGGGUGUGAACAAGUAUAUCUUACCAGGGAUGUAACUGAACAUUUUUUUCUGCAGUGUGUUCCUACUGAGCAACCCAAGAUGGCCAGGAACUGCUCCGAGUGCAAGGAGAAGAGGGCAGCACAUAUCCUCUGCACCUACUGCAAUCGCUGGCUAUGCAGCUCUUGCACAGAGGAACACCGACACAGCCCUGUCUCUGGGGGCCCGUUCUUUCCUCGGGCCCAGAAGGGAUCUCUAGGAGUGAAUAGUGGUCCCGGAGACUUCACCUUGUAUUGUCCUCUACACACACAGGAAGUACUCAAGCUAUUCUGCGAGACAUGUGAUAUGCUCACUUGCCAUAGCUGCCUGAUGGUGGAACACAAAGAACACAGGUGCAGACAUGUUGAAGAAGUUUUGCAAAACCAGAGGAUGCUUCUGGAAAGUGUGACUACACAGGUGGCACAUAAGAAAUCCAGUCUACAGACAUCUGCAAAGCAAAUUGAGGACAGGAUUUUUGAAGUGAAGCAUCAGCAUAGGAAGGUGGAAAACCAGAUCAAAAUGGCCAAGAUGGUUCUGAUGAAUGAGCUGAACAAACAGGCCAAUGGGCUAAUAGAGGAAUUAGAGGGGAUUACUAAUGAGAGAAAGCGGAAGCUGGAACAGCAGUUACAGAGCAUCAUGGUUCUCAACCGUCAGUUUGAGCAUGUGCAGAAUUUCAUCAACUGGGCUGUCUGCAGCAAAACCAGUGUCCCUUUUCUUUUCAGCAAAGAGCUGAUUGUGUUUCAGAUGCAGCGAUUGCUGGAGACAAGUUGUAACACAGAUCCUGGCUCCCCUUGGAGUAUCAGAUUCACCUGGGAGCCUAACUUCUGGACCAAGCAGCUAGCUUCUCUUGGCUGCAUAACUACUGAAGGUGGACAACUGUCCCGGGCAGAUGCUCCUGCUUAUGGAGGCUUACAGGGGCCAUCACCCUUUUAUCAAAGCCACCAGUCUCCAGUGGCUCAGCAAGAGGCUCUUAGCCACCCCCCUCACAAGUUCCAGUCUCCAGCAGUGUGCUCCUCAUCUGUGUGCUGCUCCCACUGCUCUCCAGUCUCGCCUUCCCUCAAAGGCCAGGUCCCCCCACCCAGCAUGCACCCAGCCCACAACUUUAGGCAGCCCUCUGAGAUGGUGCCCCAGCAGCUGGGGUCUCUGCAGUGCUCUGCCCUGCUGCCCAGGGAGAAAGAGCUGGCCUGCAGCCCUCAUCCACCAAAGCUGCUGCAGCCCUGGCUGGAAACCCAGCCCCCUGUGGAGCAGGAGAGCACAUCCCAGCGGCUGGGGCAGCAGCUGACUUCCCAGCCCGUGUGCAUUGUCCCCCCACAGGAUGUUCAGCAAGGAACCCAUGCCCAGCCCACCUUACAGACACCCUCUAUCCAAGUCCAGUUUGGCCACAACCAGAAGCUGAAGCUCAGUCACUUUCAGCAGCAGCCACAGCAGCAGCUACCACCUCCACCACCUCCCCUCCCCGCUCCCCCACAGCAGCCACACCCACCUCUACCUCCAUCCCAGCAUCUGGCUUCUAGUCAGCAUGAGAGCCCUCCUGGGCCUGCCUGUUCUCAGAAUGUGGACAUAAUGCAUCACAAGUUUGAGCUGGAGGAAAUGCAGAAGGACUUGGAGCUUCUUCUCCAGGCUCAACAGCCCAGCUUGCAACUGAGUCAGACCAAAUCUCCUCAGCAUCUUCAGCAAACCAUUGUGGGGCAGAUCAACUACAUCGUGAGGCAGCCAGCACCUGUUCAGUCCCAGAGCCAGGAGGAGACCCUGCAGGGUACAGAUGAGCCCCCAGCAUCUGAGGGCUCAAAGCAGGCUCUCUCUCUUGACAAGAAUACUGCUGCUGCCUUGCCCCAGGCAUCUGGGGAAGAAACCCCUCUUGGUGUCCCCCCAGUGGACAGCACCAUCCAGCACUCCUCUCCAAAUGUGGUGAGAAAGCACUCUACCUCGGUGAGCAUCAUGGGCUUUUCCAACACUCUGGAGAUGGAGUUGUCAUCUACCAGGUUGGAGAGGCCCCUAGAGCCACAGAUCCAGAGUAUGAGCAGCCUGACAUCUGGCACCCCCCUGGCAGUACCAAGCCUGCUGAGUGCUUCCCCCAAAACGGUGUCCAGCCUGACAAGUGUUCAAAACCAGGCCAUGCCCAGCCUGACAACCAGUCACCUACAGACUGUGCCCAGUCUUGUGCGUAGUACAUUCCAGUCCGUGCCCAACCUGAUGAGUGACUCUUCUCAGGCUAUGGCAAGCCUGGCAAGUGAUCACCCUCAGGCUGGGCCCAGCCUAAUGUCUGGUCACACCCAAGCUGUGCCAAGUCUGGCAACUUGUCCUCUGCAGAGCAUUCCUCCAGUUUCUGACAUGCAGCCAGAAACUGGGUCCAGCUCCAGUUCUGGCCGAACUUCAGGGAGCCUGUGCCCCGGAGAUGGGGCUGAUCCCUCCCUGGGGAAUGCUCUGUGUAAGAUGGAAAGUGAGGAUUCCACUUGCUUCACUGACUCACUGGGGCAAGGUCCCAUAGCCCCUGGUCUGGAUGCUUCCAAGGACUUGACCAUCCCCUCAGAACUGGAGGAGCCAAUUAACCUCUCUGUGAAGAAACCACCACUGGCACCAGUGGUCAGCACAUCUACAGCUCUGCAGCAGUACCGGAACCCAAAAGAGUGUGAGAAUUUUGAACAAGGAGCCCUAGAGCUGGAUGCAAAGGAGAACAAGAGCAUCAGAGCCUUCAACAGCGAGCAUAAGAUUCCCUAUGUGCGACUGGAGCGACUCAAGAUCUGUGCUGCCUCCUCAGGAGAGAUGCCUGUGUUCAAGCUGAAGCCACAGAAGAAUGAUCAGGAUGGAAGCUUCCUGCUGAUCAUCGAGUGUGGUACUGAGUCCUCCAGCAUGUCCAUUAAGGUCAGCCAGGACAGACUGUCUGAGGCCACCCAGGCUCCAGGUCUGGGGGGAAGAAAGGUCACUGUCACUUCUCUGGCUGGGCAGCGGCCAUCAGAAGUGGAGGGCACAUCUCCUGAAGAACAUAGACUCAUUCCUCGAACCCCAGGAGCCAAGAAGGGCCCCCCAGCUCCAAUAGAGAAUGAGGACUUCUGUGCUGUUUGCCUCAAUGGCGGAGAGUUGCUGUGCUGUGACCAUUGCCCCAAAGUGUUCCACCUAUCCUGCCAUGUACCAGCCUUGCUCAGCUUCCCAGGGGGAGAGUGGGUGUGUACCUUGUGCCGCAGCCUGACCCAGCCCGAGAUGGAGUACGACUGUGAGAAUGCCCGCUAUAACCAGCCUGGAAUGCGGGCAUCUCCUGGCCUAAGCAUGUAUGACCAGAAGAAGUGUGAGAAGCUGAUAUUGUCCUUGUGCUGCAAUAACCUCAGCCUGCCCUUCCAUGAACCUGUCAGCCCCCUGGCCCGGCAUUAUUACCAGAUUAUCAAGAGGCCCAUGGACCUGUCAAUCAUCCGGAGGAAGCUGCAAAAGAAGGACCCGGCUCACUAUACCACCCCAGAGGAGGUGGUAUCAGAUGUGCGCCUCAUGUUCUGGAACUGUGCUAAGUUCAAUUAUCCUGACUCUGAGGUUGCAGAAGCUGGCCGCUGCCUGGAAGUGUUCUUUGAGGGCUGGUUGAAGGAGAUCUACCCGGAGAAACGGUUUGCUCAGCCAAGGCAGGAGGACUCAGACUCUGAGGAGGUGUCUAGUGAGAGCGGAUGUUCCACUCCCCAGGGCUUCCCGUGGCCUCCCUAUGUGCAGGAGGGCAUCCAACCCAAGAGGCGGCGACGACAUAUGGAGAAUGAAAGAGCAAAGAGAAUGUCAUUUCGCCUGGCCAACAGCAUCUCUCAGGUGUGACAGCCAAAAGGAGACUGGGCACUCUGGCAGCUGUUGUCCCAUCCUGUUGACCAUUCCUCCCCAUCUCGCAGUUUAUCCUCUUCAGAAUGUGGAUGGUAGAUGAGUCUCAUUGAACUGUAUAGUGCUCUUCUUUGCCAUUUGCAUCUACAGCAUUUGUUUGGGAGCCAUAGUGCAUCCACUACAGAGAAGAUUUCAGUAAUAAACAGGAAAGAGGAGGGUAUUUAUUAUUACCAGAGUAAUCAGAUGUAUAGGCUGCACUUGACAGGACCACACCUGGUUAGGCUUGGGAGGACCUACUUUCCUUAGUGAAUUUUUUUCUGCCUAGGAAAGCAGACCUGUCUCACCUUUUAGUGUCCAGGGCUCAGGAGCCAUGUAUAUAUCUGAACUCCUCCUGGGCUCAGAAGUGGGUAAAAGAAGGGAGAGAGGUUUAGACAUAUGGUAGGACUGUGAUCCCUGGCCCAGCACAGCCAAAGACUAUCACUGUUUGCCUUUGCUUGUCUUGUCUGGACAGAGGCACCUGCCAUGUGCACACUAGUGGAGGCUUCUAGAGGCCGUAGGUCUCAAUUUGUGCCUAUUUGGGUUCUAACGGUUUUCAGGGUAUUUGUUUUGCAUACUCACUUUCCUAAUGUUGACUUAGGUGGCUGCUGUGAAAAUGCUGUGGAUGGUAUGACAUUCUUGAUUGAGCUGGGUCGCUCUGCAGAGACCACUUACAACUUCUGGUUCAGAUUUCACUUACGGACUUAGAAAGAUGUCCACUUGAGAGCCCGCCCUCUGUGCUACUUACUCUGGGCUAAUUGCACUUCUUUAGGGUGAGAACCCGCCUUCCUAGAAGUGACUGUUGGUGCUUCUCAGUGGCCAUACCCUUUAUCAUCCUCAUUCAGAGGUCUGGAUCUUGAGUUCUGCUUGUAAAUACUGUGAGGCAGCUGCUGUCUGCUUCAGGUCCAGAGUUCCAUGGGUGGAGAGAAUAACCCACAACCAGCUCACUCCUCUGCGCCUCUCCUCCUGCUUAGAGAUUCUAGUUCUCAACCUCUCCAAGUUCAUGAGCCAAAGAUCAGAAGUGAGUCUUCUGACUACCCCACCUCGAGGCUGUCUACAGCUCCCCAAAAGCCAACACUUUACUGGCAGCCCUUUUUGUUGGAGGUUAGAGAAGGCCUCAGGGACCAACAGGGGCUAGAUCUAGACAUUCCUGGGGGAAGUUUGUCUAAGGUGGACAGGGGGAAAAAUCAAGAGGCAAAAAGCCAGUGUGCUUUGGUGACCAUGAAGCAACCUCAGAGCCUUAGUUCUCCUGGAAUGCAGAGAGAAGCAUUCUGGAAGCCAUGGGAACAGGCACUCAAGGCUACAUCCUGAAUGGAUCUGCAUGGUCCUCGCAGGGUGUUUGUGAGGAUACUGGAGGUCAGGCUACUUCCCAAGCAAGGGCUUGGUUGAGAGGGAACCCAUUGCUCAUAUUGUUGGGGGAGUUAUGAACCUGAUAUGUCAGUGGCCAGGACUGAGAUGGCUCUCCCUGGUCCUGUCAUUGCAUGGCUAAUUUCAGGGGAGUCUAAGGUCAUGGAUUUGUUUCUGCUAAGAGAUGAAGUUCAAGGAUGUUCUUGUUUGCAGGGCCUUCACUAAUGAGCAAUUUUUUUGAAAAUUAGAAAACAUUUCUUCUCUCUUUGUGAAUUGAUGGUAUUGCUCAUUUCCUUCUCUACCCAACCUCAGAGAUCAUCUUCACUUUAAAGCAAACCAUGCCCCUUGGCUUGCUACUCUUUCAGCAGCAUAUGCCACGUUCUCCUAAGCAGAUGGGCUUCCGUGAUCCCGUUUUCUAGUUUGGGGUAACUAAGUCUUCAAUGCUUUACUAGUCCAGCAGUCUUUGGACUUAGGCUUCUGCCCUUUGAGACUCACAUGACUUUCUGGUUUGGGAUCUGGUCAAUUCCCUUUAAAUUUUCGAAUCUUCUUCUAUGUUCAGUUGGCUUGGCAAAGUACCCUCUGUUCUCGUGUCACUAAUUCCUGCUCUAGGUCGUCUUUCCUUUGUGCAGCCCACAUUCCCACCAUCCCUGUGAGCUUUGUUGUACUUGGUGCUGGGCAGCCGGUGAGUGUUGUGACAGGCUCAGACUUGAUCCUUCCUCAGGACCAACUGGAGACUACAAAUUUAAAGCAGAAAUGCCUGUUAAAAACUUGGCUUUCCUUAUAUCAGUGAGGCUUCCAGCUUGGAUGUGGCCUCCUGGGCUCAAGGAUCAGCUUGCUGGGCCAGGGGCAUCUUAGUAAUGUGCUGGAGAGACACAUGCUCCCUUCUCAUCAUAGAGAGCCUGCAUGCUGAGAGGCUCCCUUGAGACACCUGCCUCUCCCUGGCUUUUCCCUUAGACCUAGCCACCAGAGUUUUGAGUCACGGUUUUGUUUUGUUUUUUCAUGAAAAACCAGAACAUGACUUAGAAAUUAGAAAAGAAAAGAAAAAAAAAAUCCUGCUAGCCAA